AUGUCUAGUACGACCUUAGGCAGUAUAGCCGUGAUAUCCUGGAACGUAAACGGUUUUAAGACGAGGAGGGCGGAUCUGGAGGAACUCAUUUUUGAGCAUUCCCCGGACGUCCUGUGUCUGCAGGAGACUAAAACCCCCUCGGGUUGCAGGUUGGCGCUCCUAGGCUACAGCGCCUAUAGAUUCGACCGGGACACCCGUUCGGGUGGGGUUGCUAUCUUGGUCAAGCCAGGAGUUGAUCACUGUUUCCUGGGGACGGAUUCGGGUGUCACGAUGGAUAACAUCUCCAUUGAGCUGAGCACUGCAACUGGUCCAGUUAAAAUUACCUCUCUGUACAAGUCCCCCCAGCAACUGCUGGAGAGGGAUGAUAUACAGUCACUGGUUGGAUCUGAUGUUCCGACGAUUGCGCUGGGAGACCUUAACUGCAAAAGCCCAGCGUGGAAUAGCCGCAUGGCAAAUGCCAACGGCAGAAGAUUGGAGGAAUGGGCAGACGAUUUUGGGGCAGUGGUAGUGGGCCCGUUGGAGCCUUCCUACAUCCCCUAUGGGAGGGGGCUGCCAGACGUCUUAGAUAUUGUAAAAAGCAGUUGUAAAAAGCAGUUGUAA